AUGAAAACUUUUCACAGUCAUCGUAGACGUUUGAAUGGAAACAUUAAAGCAUCAUUCAGGAGAAUGUUGAUCGUAAAUUCUUAUGCUUCCAAUUUAGUAACGCUGUUUGGCCCUGAACCUCGCGAUGACGUCGAGUGUGGGAUUUUUCUCGAUUACCUUCUCAUGAUGAGAUUCACAACAUAUUGA